AUGGAUCUCGUUUUAGAAGUUUGUGAUUACUACCUUUUCGAUCUGGUCUAUGCUAAGGUUUUCCCUAAGGAUGGAACGGUCCACCAACUAUUAAAGAAUAGCCCUGUUGCUCAAGUCCUCAAUAGUAUACAAUUACCUUUCAGUCUACCAGAAUACGAUGCCUUGUCCGCUAAUUCCACUUUGAGUACAAGUUUCAACAUUUCUUCAUUAGAUGCCGCUACUUCCACUAUUCCAAACUACCUCUUGUACAAACUUGCUACGUUUCAAAACAAGUCGGAAGUUUACGGAGUAACUCCAAAUCUUUUCCCUGCUGGUCCUUACUUUGACAGUUCGUUUUUGGGAAGAUCAAAUACUAUAAGAGAAUGUCUUUCUUUGUUGGUGGUUGCUUCUCUCUUUGGUUGGUUAUUAUACUUUAUUGUUGCCUACUUAUCCUAUGUGUUUGUUUUUGAUAGAAAAAUCUUUAACCAUCCAAGAUACUUGAAGAACCAAAUGGCAUUGGAAAUCCACCGUGCAUCAACCGCUAUUCCAGUUAUGGUUAUGUUGACUAUUCCAUUUUGGAUUGCUGAGUUAAAGGGUCUCUCCUUCCUUUACAUGGACAUUAAUGAAGCUAAUGGUGGUUGGAAAGAAGUUGCCAUGCAAUUCCCUAAAUUUAUCUUGUUUACCGAUUGCGGGAUUUACUUCAUUCACAGAUGGUUGCACUGGCCUAGUGUCUACAAGAGAUUGCAUAAGCCACAUCAUAAGUGGAUUGUGUGUACCCCGUUUGCAUCUCAUGCUUUCCAUCCUGUUGAUGGUUUUUUCCAAAGUUUACCAUACCACAUUUACCCAUUGUUAUUCCCAUUACAAAAGGUUUUCUACUUGGGAUUAUUCACCUUUGUUAACUUUUGGACCGUCAUGAUCCACGAUGGUAACUAUAUGUCCAAUGAUCCUGUUGUUAACGGUACCGCUUGUCAUACUGUUCAUCACUUAUAUUUCAAUUACAAUUAUGGUCAAUUCACCACCUUGUGGGAUAGAAUUGGUGGAUCUUAUAGAAGACCAGAUGAUUCUUUGUUUGUCAAGGACUCCAAGGCUGAAGACGAUAAGAAGUUGUGGAAGGAACAAACUGUCCAGAUGGAGGAAAUUAGAAAUGAAUUGGAAGGUAAGGUUGACGACAGAGAGUAUAUUGAAACUGAUUAG